AUGAGCCACAGCUUGAGCUUUAAUCAAAUACACAGCAACGACACCCACAACAACCAUUUCGAUCUAGACUCCUCCUCCCACCAGAAGCGCAGAUAUGGCGAUAGCUGUGAGCAGUGCAGGCGCAGGAAGAGGAAAUGCGACGCUCAUGAAGCUCCUUGUGCUCAGUGCUUGAAGAGCGGUUACGAGUGUGUCUUUCCUGCCACUGCUGCUCCCGCACGCCUCGCACGUACAAUCAACCAACUCGAUUAUCAUAAGGACUUUAUCAAUCAACUUACUUCUGCUACUGAUGACCACAGGGCUGAGCUUCUCGCUGAUUGGUCACGCAAACACUCUUCCAUCCACCUCUCGGCUUCCGCAAACAAUAGACGAAAGAGGCGGAAGACUGACACUAACGCAAAUACCACUCCCAGCGGUAGCCUCACUGUAAAAGAGGAACCAGGAGUUAAAGAAGAGUCUGCGUCGGAGCCCAACGCUGCUUCCCACCUCCACGUUCUCGAUGGCCAGAGCGACAACAUGCCUCUUACAAAUGUUCCUCCUGAUCGCACUGAAUUGCUUGUGUCGAGCGUUUUGGGCAGUCAAGCUCUCUCCCCUGCUUCUCAGACUAUGGUUCACGAUCAGUACACUCCGAGUCAGCGGCAGUCUGAGCUUCUUCUCACUACUUACUUUUGCUGGCAGUGCCCACAGCACCUCACUAUCACUAAAUCUCUCUUCCUCCGCGAUAUGAAAAAUGGCGGUGGUCCGUGGUACUCGCCUUUUUUGCUCAAUGCUCUUUACGCACACGCCUCUAGACAUCUCUCCACUAUCGAAGCUGGUGGUGACUACGCCUUUAAGGCCCGUGUCUAUCUCGCUGGCGAACUCGAUAAGCCGUCCUCCAUACCCACUAUUCAAGGACUGCUCAUCCUCGGUGGUAGAGAUUGCGCACUUGGGCGUAUCUCACAGGGCUUUAUUCUCGCUGGUAUCGCUUUUAGAAUGAUCUCCGAUCUCGGUAUUGACAGGGAAGACGAGUCUGCACUCGCUAGCUACUCUCAUGAGGAGCGUACCGUGCAUAGGAGAGUCGUCUGGAGUGCGUAUACCUGGGAUAAGCUCAUCAGUCUCGUCUUGGGCAGAGCUCCCACUUUCCCCAAACCUCCAUGCCCUCUCCCCCACUAUCAUGAUGACACGGAUCAUGAAGAUUCAUGGGCGCCUAUUUUCUUAGAAGAUGAUGGCCCCCCUCAGGCUGCUAAUUACCCAUAUGCACUCGCACAUGAGAGUCUCACUUUUGAAAAUUCGUGCAAACUGUGGAUGAUUAUUGAAGAUAUCCUCACUACCGUGUACGUUACGCGAGCUCCUUUCGAGGAAUGCAACCAGUUCGUCAGUAACACGCACAAACAACUUCAGACAUAUAUGUGGACAUUACCGGGGAGUAUAUCUCUCGAUGUGCGUGCACUCCCGAGUGCGUGUCCACCAGUCCAUAUCCUUACAUUGAACCUUCUCACUCGUACGACGUGGAUAUUGCUCUAUAGACCAUACACCCUCGCAUCGCCCACCCCUCCCUUCUCUAACACACCUUUCCCAGACUCUAUAGAUAUAUGCCGGCGCAAUGCGGCUGAAAUCAACGCUUUGUUCGGUCUCCAUGAGCGUUCAUUUGGACUGUGCAACAUGACGUAUCUGAUGACAUAUUGCGCUUAUGUCAGCGCGACUAUUGAUCUUGCUGAACUGUUGUCGAACGAUCCCGUGCGGAGCAGCGAUGCUCGAGAGCGACUGGUGCUAACGUUCAGGGUGUUAGCCAAGGGAGCGGAAUACACACCUGGUCUACAGAGAUCGAUUGCGCUGUUAAGACAGCGCUAUCUGCAGAAAACUCAACAACAGGCUGAAGCGCAGGAGGCAGCGGCGUCAUCGAACCUAGCGGGAGUGUGCCGACCGCGCGCUACCGAUACAGGCAUACACCACACACCACCAACUGCUCACACUAGUCUGCCUAGUGCGCAAAAUCAGACUAAUGCUAGUGGUGGUGGUAGUGCUGUCUCGGUGGUUAAUAACAAUAAUAAUAAUAAUGCCAGCAAUAACACCAGCACACCCGCGCCCAUCGUCCCUUCAACAGCCACUAGCUUGCCAACACCUGCAGAUGACGAACUCGAUCUGGAUGGCUGGUUCAGCGCUAUGACUCACGGAUCACUAAGCGACAUGUACUUUGAUGGGACAGAGUUAGGUCUGCAGAACUUCUUCUCUCAGACGCCGACAGCACAUUCAAAUACGAAUUCCAACCUCAAUUCGAAUAAUUCAGCUCAGGGUGUUGCAACACAGCAGCAACAGCAACAACAACAACAACAACAGCAGCAAACAUCGCAAAUGCAGCAAACGCAACACACACAGAUACAAUCACACCCACUUAACAUGUUCCCGCCUAACGCUAACACACCCUAUGCGGAUUUCUUUGAUAUGUCGCUGGCGACGUUCGACAGCCUGCAUGGCUCGUUAGCCGCGUUUCCGAAUGGUGGAGAGACUUCAUUAGCAGCGACCAAGAUUAGUAGCGUCUACGGAGGACGUAGAAGAAGAGAAGGACAUAGCAGAACAGAAGGAAUACGCGCAGGACUUAGAGAUAUAUUCGGGAGUCACCGGCGACAUACGAUUACAGACGCGUUGCACACACCACACGCACCACACGCACACAGACACAGACACAGACACAGCACAAUGAACACACCAGCAGGAUUCGGAUUCAAUCAAUAUCGACCACAGACACCGACGUGGUCUAACAUAGGUGAUCUGCGACAACCUCAUGACUUCUUCAAUGUCCUUCAUGGACCGAAUGAAAGUGGUUUCUUCAAUAACAUCUUCGAUCGUAUGCGUUCACGCCAGUUCGGCGGUGGAUUAGGCACACACGAUGCAUACGGCAUGCACCAGCAGUGGAUGGCAGGCGUAGAUCGUCACGCUAUGUCGCCUAUGCAGAUAGGUGGUGCAGCCGCGAGUGAAGCUGUUUCAGUUAUGUUUCACCAUCGCAGUCGUUUUCAUCAACAGACAUUCAUGGAAAAGCAUAUAGCGCGCGAGAAUUGCGCCGCUCUCGCUAUUGCUUAUGCUAGACAAUUCUGGCACGAAUGCUUCGGUAUGAUGCCAGAUCCUGCUAUGGAAUACGCUUGCGAAAUCGCUUCGGCUUCCGCUUGGAGGAUGUACGAGGAGGCGGAAAUGUCCGGUAUGGGGAUGGGUGCUGGUAUGGGGAUGGGUGGUACGCCUGGCAUGGGUAUGGGUAUGGGCAAUAGAGGCGGUAUGGGCAUGCACAGAGGUGGUAUGGGUAUGCCUUAUAUGCCCGGUGGCCUCGAUAGCGGUAUGGGCGGAGGCAUGGGUGGUGGAAUGGGAAUGGGAAUGGGCGGCAUGGGUGGUGGAAUGGGUGGAAUGCCUGGUGGAAUGCCUGGUGGAAUGCCCGGUGGAAUGCCUAGUGGAAUGCACGGUAAUGGAAUGACUGGUGGUGGAAUGCCCGGGAGCAUGGUACCAAACCAAGGAAUGGGGAUGAACCCAAUGAUGAACGGAAUGAACGGCAUGAACGGCAUGAACGGCAUGCCUGGGAUGAACAACAUGAACGGUAUGUCCCAUCGCGGAAGCUACUACGAUCAACCGAACACACGUGAAAUUAUAUUCGUGCCUCAAGUGUACACGGUACCUAUGGAACAGUACGGAUAUCCCCAGUACGGCGGGAUGUACGGCGGGGGAUACCAGCAAGGAUACCCAAUGGGGAUGGGCGGGAUGGGUGGCAUGGGUGGGCCAGGAAUGAUGGGCGGAUACAGAUACUAG